CGGAAACUCAAACUCAGCCACACACCACAACGCAAAUCCACCCCCAUCUGGCACGGCUUGGCGCGGGCGGUGGCGCGGGCGGUCAAGCGGCGGGCUGCAGCAGCGCAAGGAGCUAGUUUAUAUGAAGAAGAAGAAAUUCUUUUGGCUUUAAUUGCAGGAAAAGAUUAUAACGAUGACAGUAAAUGCAAAAAAAAAUUAGAAGAAUACUGCAAAGAAUUUGAAAAUUUGGAUAAAGAAAAAAUACAUAAAAAACUUAAAAGCUUUUGUGAAAAUGGGAAAUCAGAAGAAAAAUGUACAAAAUUAAAAAACAAAGUUAAGGAAAAAUGCACUACAUUUAAAACAAAUCUUCAAACAGCAGCUGUAAAAGGAAUUUCAGAUUUGACAGAUAAAGAUUGUAAAGAGAAUGAACAACAAUGCCUAUUUUUGGAGGGAGCGUGUCCAAUAGAACUUAAAGAUAACUGCAAUGCUUUGAGAAAUAAGUGUUAUCAAAAAAAGCGUGAUAAAGUGGCGAAAGAAGUUCUUUUGAGGGCACUUCGUAGUGAUCUUAAUGAAUCAAAGAUAUGUGAAAAAAAACUGAAAGAAGUUUGCCCAGUCUUAGGGAGGGAAAGUGACGAGUUAACGAACUCGUGUCUGAACCAGGAAGAAACGUGCAAGGAUCUUGUAGCAGAAGGAAAAAAAAAAUGUAAUACUCUCAAAACAGAUGUUCAAGGAGCACUCAAUGGAAAAAACAAAUUGCAAGAAAAAUGUUUAUCAUUACUUGAACAGUGUUAUUUUUACAUUGGAAAUUGCGAAAAUAACGACAUAAUUAAAUGUAUUGAAUUGGGAGAGAAAUGUCAAGAACAAAAUAUUGUUUAUAUACCACCAGGACCCGAUUUUGAUCCGACUAAGCCAGAGCCUACAGUAGCAGAGGACAUAGAACUGGAAGAGUUUUAUAAGAAGGUAGAGGAGGAUGGAGUUUUUAUUGGAAAGAAUCAUCUAAGAGAUGCGACAGCUUUGUUAGCUUUGUUGGUUGGAAAAGAUAGUGAUAUGGAAAAAAAAUGUAAACAAAUUCUUGGAAAAAAAUGCAAAAGUCCUAAAGAGCAUGAAGCUUUAAAUGAUCUGUGUAAUGAUAAAGGCAAUACUAAUGCAAUUGGGACAGAAAAAUGUGAAAAAUUGAAAGAAGAUAUCAAAAAAACAUGUGAUGUUCUCACGUUAAAGCUUAUAAAUAAUCGUCUUUUUGAUCCAACAAAAGGAAGUAAUGAAAUUGUUGGAUGGGAAGGAUUGCCAACAUUUCUUAGCAAUGAAGAAUGUGCGAAAUUAGAGUCCUAUUGUUUCUAUUUUGAAAAAAAUUGUCCAAGUGGUGAAAAUGCAUGUAAAAAUAUAAGAGCAACAUGUUACAAAAGAGGGCUUGAUGCGCGGGCAAAUAAAGUACUGCAAAAAAAUAUGCGAGGGUUAUUGCGUGGUUCAAAUAAAGAUUGGCUUAAGAAAUUUCAACAAGAAUUAGUAAAAGUAUGUGAGAAAUUAAAAAAAGAAAACAAAGGAAGUUUCUCAAACGAUGAAUUAUUUGUUCUGUGUGUACAGCCUGCAAAAGCAGCACGGUUACUUACACAUGACCAUCAAAUGAGGACUGUUUUCCUACGUAAACAAUUGGAUCAAAAGCGAGAUUUUCCAACAGACAAAGACUGCAAAGAAUUAGGGAGAAAAUGCCAAGAUUUAGGAAAGGAUUCGAAUCAGAUUCAAUGGCCAUGCCAUACGUUAAAGCAGCAAUGUGAUCGCUUAGGGACUACAGAAAUUUUAAAACAGAUUUUAUUGGAUGAACACAAAGAUACUUUGAAAACUCAUGAAAACUGUACGAAAUAUUUAAAGAGAAAAUGCCAUAAAUGGUCUAGAAGAGGAGAUGACCGUUUCUCUUUUGUAUGUGUCUUCCAAAACGCUACGUGUAAGCUGAUGGUAGAUGAUGUAAAAGAUAGGUGUGAAGUAUUCGAAAAAAAUAUGCAAGCAUCAGAUAUUAAUGAUUCCCUUGAAAAAAAUAAAAUAAAAACAGAAUCAGCAUCAAAUAUUUGCCCUUCAUGGCAUCCAUACUGCGAUAGAUUUUUACCCAAUUGUCCUGAUCUUGACAAAGGAAAAACUUUCUGUCAAAAUCUUAAAAAAUAUUGCGAACCAUUUUAUAGAAGAAAGGUUUUAGAAGAUGCUCUUAAAGUAGAGCUUCGAGGGAAUUUAAGUAAAAACAAAUGCGAACCUGCAUUGAAAGGAUAUUGCACAAUAUUGGAAAAUGUAAAUAAUGCAUCAAUCAGCAGUUUAUGUAAAAAUAAUACGAAAAAUAAAACUGAAAAGGAUGAUGAAAAUGUUAGAAAGAAGCUUUGUCUAAAAUUAGUAGAAGAAGUGGAACAGCAGUGCAAAGUAUUACCAGCAGAACUGAAGCAUGAGGAAAAAGAUCUAAAAGAUGAUUUUGAAACAUAUGAGGGACUUAAGGAAAAGGCAAAGAAAGCAAUGAACAAGUCCAGCCUUAUUUUAUCACUUGUUAAGAAAAACCAAAGUAAUACAUCGAAAAAUAAUAGCAAAAACAAGGAUAAGGAUGCUGUUUCAAAUGAAAAAGAUACCACAAAAUAUGUGAAAAUACUACGGAGAGAAGUUAAAAAUGUACCUGUGACAGAAUUGGAAGCCAAAGCAUUUGAUUUAACAGCAGAAGUGUUUGGAAGAUAUGUAGACUUGAAAGAAAGAUGUGAGAAAUUGGCCUCAGAUUGCGGGAUUAAAGACGAUUGUGAUGAUUUAAAAGAUGUGUGUGAAAAGAUUGAGAAGACAUGUCGUGAUCUGAAGCCUCUGGAGGUGAAGUCGCACGAAAUAGUCACAGAAAGCACAACGACGACCACAACGACAACAACAACCGUUACCGAUCCGAAGGCAACGGGAGAGUGCAAAUCUCUGCAGACGACAGAUACAUGGGUUACACAGACAUCGACACACACGAGUACAUCUACCAUCACAUCUACGAUUACAUCAAAAAUAACACUCACAUCAACGAGGCGGUGCAAACCAACCAAGUGUACGACAGGGGAUGAUGCAGAGGACGUGAAACCGAAUGAGGGAUUGAAGAUGAGUGGGUGGAGCGUGAUGAGGGGGGUGAUAUUAGCAAUGAUGAUUUCAAUAAUGAUUUAA